UCAGCUGGCUGCAGGGGGACGGAUGCACAAACACACACACACGUGCACACACACGUGUAUAUAUUUAUAGGCACGCUCCCAGCGGCUCAUUUUGUCCGAGGCCCUGAAGAUGUUGCUCUUUGUCUUGUUCUCGCUCUUCUAUUUCAGCCCAUCUCUGAGCCUAAAAAUCUGCUCCUUCAAUGUGAGGUCUUUCGGAGAAGCAAAAAUAGCCAGACCCGAAGUUGUGGAUGUCGUGGUAAAGAUCAUCGCUCGCUGCGACAUCAUGCUGCUGAUGGAAAUAAAGGAAGCCAAGAAUAGGACGUGUCCCCUGCUGGUGGAGAAGCUCUCCGGCCAGACAAAAGGGCAGAAGGAGCAAUACAGCUGCGUGGUCAGCGGGCGGCUGGGCAGGAAGACCUACAAGGAGCAGUACGCCUUCAUCUACAGGCAAAAUCUGGUAUCAGUGAAACAAACCUACCAGUACCCUGACACCCAGCCCGGGGAUGAGGAUGCCUUCUCCAGAGAGCCCUUCGUCGUCUGGUUCCAGUCGCCAAAAACUGCUGUCAAAGAGUUUGCUGUAGUCCCUCUGCACACCACACCAGAGAUGGCAGUACGGGAGAUCGACGAGCUCUAUGAUGUGUAUUUAGAUGUAAGACAGCGCUGGGACACCAAGAACUUCGUCUUCAUGGGGGACUUCAACGCCGGGUGCAGCUACGUUCCCAAGAAGCACUGGAAGAACAUCCGGCUGAGGACCUACUCAGAGUUUGCUUGGCUAAUUGGUGACAAAAAUGACACCACGGUGAAGAACAGCACAAGCUGCCCAUAUGACAGGAUCGUGGUCAGCGGGGAGCAGCUCAGCCAAGCCGUCAUGCCGCACUCCGUCAAUAUCUUUGAUUUCCAGGCGGCUUUCCAGAUGACCGAGGAGCAGGCGCUGGGGGUGAGCGACCACUUCCCGGUGGAGUUCGAGUUGAAAGCGAAGGGCGGCUUCUUUGACUGGUUAAAAUCCAAGUUCUCAAAGAAGAGGAGAGGAAGAAAGAAUCGCCAGGCAAAAUCAUGAGCACGCUGGAUCUGCUCACACGGAGUGACAAUACAAGGAUGGCACCGGGGCUUUCAGCAGACUGGCAUCACUAUACUCACAGCAAGUGCAAUAUUUAGCAGGAAAAAAAAAGAAGUUUGUUAAACCAAAAAUAGAGUGUGAAGGUGAAUUAAACCUUCAGGUUAUUUUUCUGAUUGUUAUAAAUAAAUCAUCUAGAAGCAGCA